UAUAUAUAAAAGGUUUUUCUUAAAACCAACCGACUUUAUAUUUAUACAUAUAUUUCUUUUGUUUGGUUUAAUAUUUUUUUAAGUUUUGUUUAGCAUAGUAAAAUGGCAUUGAGAGAUCAUGACUAUGUCAUUCCAGCCAAUCACGAAGAAGUCGGUGUUCCAAAUCUCAACCUCUUCCUACAAGACCACAACUACGCCCAACGUCCUGCCAUUCAGAUUCAAGAAGAACAAGAAGAAGAUCAACCUCAGGCAGAAGGAGAAGAUCAACCACAGGCAGAAGAACAAGAAGAAAAUCAGCCACAAGAAGAAGGAGAAGAAGAAGAACAACAACAAGCAAGAACAUAUAGGAUAAUCCCUGGCAUUUGACUCAACUCAAAAUUUUAUGUUGAUAAUUUUGGAUAAUAAAAUAGAUAAUAAAUAAAACCAAAUUU